AUUUCAGAGUCGGACGGCAGAGAGCCGUUGAGUUUGGAUGAAAUGGCGUCGCAAACUUUCCUGUUCAUUCUCGCUGGACAUGAGACUACUUCUGCAUCUUUGUGUUUCCUGCUUUACGAGUUGGCUGUUAAUCAAGAGAUGCAGCAAAAACUGUAUGAUGAGAUCAAAGCUGUGGAUGGAGACAUAACCUAUGAAACUAUUAAAGAACUGGAGUACAUGGACAUGAUAUUCAACGAAAUGUUGAGGAAAUAUCCCGCUGCGCCAGUACUGAUUCGGCUAUGUGUGAAAGACUUCAUUCUUCCCAAUGGUUUUCUAAUCAGGAAAGGAACUCAAGUGAUGAUUCCGGUCUAUGCGCUUCAGAAGGAUCCCAAAUAUUUUCCGCAGCCUGAUAAAUUUGAGCCGGAAAGAUUUAGUAAGAGAGCGCCAAUCCACAAGAUUGUCCCCUUCUCUUUCAUGCCCUUUGGUGAGGGACCUCGAUAUUGUAUUGGUAAACGCUUUGGUAUAGCGUCUGUGAAAUUGGGACUCAUCCACAUUUGUCGAAAUUCAAGGUUUUGCCAGCAAGCAACACAAAAAUCCGCUGGAAAUUGAGAAGAAAACAUUCGUUUUGAACCUUACAAGGACCUCACACUCAAGCUGAUAGCAAGAGAUACUUAGGCAUAAUGUACCAAUGUAAUGUAGCUGUUACAGGUUUAUUGAUGUAAUAUUAGCUGUUCAUUCUCGUUGAAAAUAAUCAAUAAUAUAUUUAAAUAGGCGAGAAAUUAUAUUUUCCUACAGUUACGUUGAAAAGUGGCCAUUGCUGCACUGAUUACAGAACGCAAAGAAUCACUUUUCCGCUCUAGUGCGGGAAAAAGUUUUCUGCACUCCAGAUUUGCAACAUGGCAACGCAAAAUAUUAGUAGGUUAUAUGGAGCAACAGUGCAGCAAAAUCAAAAUGAAGUUGGUAACAGUGACUGCUGUGGCUGCUAUAGUGAGCAGAGGGCACCAAGCACAACGCGCUAAUUAUUAUUCAUUAUAUAUUAUAACCAAGGACAACGAGGACUUUAGGAUUUAGAUUAAGGUUUUAUCAAUAAUAAAACUACACAGGAAAACAUUUGAUGCAUUUCAGGCAAUUUUACCCAUAAUUACCCACUUUUCAUAUUCAAUGGUAACUGUAGGAAAAACUUAAUGUGAAAUGUGCGCUAAGUUCCUCUGCUGCACUCAAGAAACCAUUCCUUACUCGCCUACGGCUCGGGCGCGUAAACGUUUCUUUCGGUGCAGCAAACUGACACUUGCGCACUAGUUGCACAAAUAACUAUUUCAAUAAUUUCAUAAUGAGUUUUCAUAAUUAAUAUGUAAUAUUUGUUAAUCAUUAUUCAUUCUACAUUGUUAAAAGACGAUCUGGCAACAGAACAAAGCGAGAAAGAGAUAGGCUAUCCUUUGUAGAAUGAUAGACAAGGAUAGCAAUACCAUUGCUAAUUAAAAACGUGGACAUCAUUGUAGACUAUAGUGAGGUCCACGUUAUAAUGGCAGUUUUUGAUUAGCAAUGGUAUUGCUACCUUGUCUAUCAUUCAACACAGCGGAUAGCGAUAUCUCUUUCUCGCUUUGUUCUUUUGCUAGAUCGUCUUUCAACAAUGUAGAAUAAAUUGAUAAUAAAUCAACAAAAUAUUUUUACUCUUAGUGUAGUUGAGAAGUUGAUGUGGUAAUUAUUCAUAUUCAAUGAAAAAGACUAAGAAAUUGUCAAAAAACAGGAAUCUGUGUUUUUUGACAAUUUCUUAGUCUUUUUCAUUCAACAAAAUAUUUCAUUUUAAUUAUGGAAUUAUAGGAAAAUAUCAUUUCUUGUUCAAUAAAAUAUAAUUGAUCAUUUCAAACGAGAAUGAACAGUCAAUACUACAUCAAUAAACCUGUAUCAGCUACCGUCUAUAGAUGCAUCGACAAGACAGAGGAUCAGCAACGUUGUUUCCCUAUCUUUCUCCACUGUCAUCAUAACGUGGCUGCAUCUUCACUGUGUUGCCAGAUUGUCUUUACAAAUGUAGAAAUGAUAAUAUUAAUUAAAGAAAUACUUCAUCUUAAUUAUGAAAAUUCAUCAUGAGCUUAUUUAGAAAUAUAACUUAUUGCUUAAUGAAA